AUGCUUUUUUACCAGAUACCUAUUAGACACCAGCCUGAGAUUGCCCAGGUAGCACAGGUAACCACAGGUUAUGAGUUAGAUAGCAAGACAGAUUCAGGUUAUGAGUUAGACAGCAAGACAGAUUCAGGUUAUGAGUUAGACAGCAAUACAGAUUCAGGUUAUGAGUUAGAUAGCAAGACAGAUUCAGGUUAUGAGUUAGAUAGCAAGACAGAUUCAGGUUAUGAGUUAGACAGCAAGACAGAUUCAGGUUAUGAGUUAGACAGCAAGACAGAUUCAGGUUAUGAGUUAGACAGCAAGACAGAUUCAGGUUAUGAGUUAGACAGCAAGACAGAUUCAGGUUAUGAGUUAGACAGCAAGACAGAUUCAGGUUAUGAGUUAGACAGCAAUACAGAUUCAGGUUAUGAGUUAGACAGCAAGACAGAUUCAGGUUAUGAGUUAGACAGCAAGACAGAUUCAGGUUAUGAGUUAGACAGCAAGACAGAUUCAGGUUAUGAGUUAGACAGCAAGACAGAUUCAGGUUAUGAUUUAGACAGCAAGGCAGAUUCAGGUUAUGAGUUAGACAGCAAUACAGAUUCAGGUUAUGAGUUAGACAGCAAGACAGAUUCAGGUUAUGAGUUAGACAGCAAGACAGAUUCAGGUUAUAAGUUAGACAGCAAGACAGAUUCAGGUUAUGAGUUAGACAGCAAGACAGAUUCAGGUUAUGAGUUAGACAGCAAGACAGAUUCAGGUUAUAAGUUAGAUAGCAAGACAGAUUCAGGUUAUGAGUUAAGAUAG